AUGGGUGGGAUUGGGAAAACCACCUUAUUCCAACUAGUUUACAAUGAAGGUGAUGAGAAUAAAAAAUUUGAUUGCAAAGCAUGGGCCUGUGUUUUUGAAAACUUUAAUCUUUUGAAGAUAUUACAGACUAUACUGAGCCAAAGCAAUCCUGUUUCUGUCUGUGAUAAGGCACAGGAUCUUAAUAUUCUUCAACUUCGUUUGGUGGAAAAUUUAGCAAGAAAAAGGUUUUUCGUUGUUCUAGAUGGUGUCUGGAAUAUCAAAUAUACUGACCGGGAUACUUUAAAGAAUUUGCUUGAUAAUGGAGUGAAAGGCAGAGAUGUUGCUAGCAAGUGCAAAGGAUUGCCUUUAGCUGCAAAAGUACUCUUAGGACUUUUCCAAUCAGUGCCUGAUAUUGAACGCCGGAAUUCUAUAUUAAAAGACAACAUAUGGGAUUUUGAUAGAUUAUCAGUUUUGCAAGGAGUUCUUGAUUCUGAUGUGGAAGGGAGAAGGUUUUCUGCAGCCGAAGAGAAAUAUGAGUUUAUAAGAAGUCUUUCAUCUUUAGAGAUAGUGCCUGAUUCAAUUGACAUUGAUGCUGGACCAAUGUCACAAUUUGAAGCCGUUGGCAGGCAAUAUGCAAGAUCUUUUAAACCUGUGCUAUUUGGACUUGUCUUCAGCCAGGCAUUGAAAGAUUACCUGAUUCAUUAA